AUGGAGUCCCUCUCUGUGCCCAAACUGGCUGCUCGUUCGCGCCGAUACCGUUCCUCGACCUCUGCCUCGCACCCUCCUGUCGUGUCCAAGGCCGCCGAGGUCCUGCAGACGCUCCUCGACAAGCUUUCUGCCGCGCUCCGACCGCCCCAGGGCAGCGACUAUCCCGAUUUCCCUCCUCUCAUCGAGCUCGGCCGUCAGGUCCACCAGCAUGUCGCUGCGACCAGUCCCCCAUGCCCCGCCCAAGACGACUUCCGCCACCUAGAUGGCUUCCGCCACCUGCUGAAUGUUCUCCGCGCCUACUCCGGCUUCUACAACCCACAGCGCCGCAGCCUGGAAGAGAAGCAGGGCUUCUUCGAGCUCCUGCACACCGUCCUGGCCAUAUUCUCUUCCAACUUCAGGGAACACCAUGGUAAUCGUCGCUACUUUAAGCGGCGGGUCGAAGGCGGCGGCUGGGAGGCUUUGGAACAGAUCAUAGCCAGCGUCGGCUUGGGUGGCACAGACUCGGACGUUUGGACCAACUGCCAGCUGUUUGGGAAGCUGCUAUCGUUUUCCCUCGACGACCAGAGGCUGGACGAGCUUUGCCAGGCUGUGGCCAUCACCUCUGCUCCACAAGGAACCAGAGAAGCUGGCGGUGAUGUCGCGUACCACGACGCCGAAGGAAACCGGAUAACCCGAUUCGAAGUGCCUAUAAUCGAGAGAGAGCUCGAGAAGAUCAUUUCGUCUACCACGGUGCUUCAGAAUCCCGAGAUCAUGCGUGCGGUCAUCGACUUUUGGGAGUCCAUGCCCAGGGACCCAGAAACCGCCGAGUGUUUUGCUUCGGCCAUCGUUCUUGGUACCAUAAGGCUAGCCAGCUCUGCUUCGUUUUCCAACUUGAGUGCUUUGCACGGCACCGGAGCGCUCUCUAGGUUUCUUGCCCUGUACCUCGGAGCGGGUUCAAGACUGUCAGAAUACGAGCGAGGCAUCAUCCUCGGUCUCUGCAAGUCGUUGAUACACCUCGGUGUCGACAGGCUGGCAGACGUACAGCUGCUAUUGUCAAAACAGGACUCUGUUGCUUCCCAAUUCUGCCUAGACAUGGCAACAAGAUUCAACGGGCCACCAUUCGUACAAUUUGACCUGUCCCUACAUGGACACUCGUCCAUCGAGCUGCCUUCGCUCGGGCGUUCGUUCCCCCCCGCAUCAUCGGCCGGCUACAGUUUCACCGCAUGGAUACGAGUAGACCGGUUCGACCCGGGCUCACACACGACCAUAUUUGGCGUUUUUGAUGCCACUCAAACAUGCUUUCUUCUGGCCUACCUGGAGAAGGAUACCCACAAUUUCAUCUUGCAGACCUCCGUCACUUCUCAAAGGCCCAGCGUCCGCUUCAAGUCAGUCAAGUUCAAGGAAGGUCGGUGGUACCAUAUUGCGAUCGUUCACCGACGCCCCAGGACGAUGACAGCAAGCAAGGCCUCGCUAUACGUCAAUGGUGAAUUUGCCGAGCAAAUCAAGUCGCAGUAUCCCGUGCCUCCACCGAUGAGCAAUGCAAGCACAGAGAGUUUCGCAUCGUUCAACUCCGUCACCAACAAGCCACAUCCUGUGCAAGCCUUUUUGGGGACCCCACGUGAUCUUUCUACGCAGCUUGGUCCAGGGCUUGUCUUUUCAAAGUGGUCCCUGGCGUCGGCACACCUCUUUGAAGAAAUCUUAAGUGAUGACUUGCUUGCAGUCCACUACCGCCUCGGUCCAAGAUACCAGGGGAACUUCCAAGAUUGUCUCGGAGGGUUCCAGACGUACGAGGCUUCGGCAGCCCUGGGCCUGCGUAACGAGAUGCUGCACCCGGGCAAGGAGGAGGGCUCAUCUGACAUCCUCAAAGCCAUCAGGGACAAGGCUAGUAGCCUCGUGCCGGAACAAAAAGUCCUCAUGAGUACGUUGCCUACCGCAAUCUUCCAACCCGAGGGGCAGUUCCUCGAUUCAUUCCUCUUCCGGUCUCUAUCCAGGAAUGCCGCUAGCAACCUGUUCCAGCUGGCGACUAAGAGCGGGACUGCUAUUUCCAUAAACGCCGCUCUCCCGUGUGUCAACGAUGCUCUCGUGAGGGCCCAUGGAGUCGCUGUGCUUGCAGGAGAUCCUGUUGUGUCAACGCCUUACAAUUUCGAUGACAAUCUUUGGCGGAUUGGCGGGUUUACACCUGUUGCCUUGAAGCUGGUUGAGCGUGCUAAAACGGCUGAGGAGUUCAUUAGAUCCGUGGAGUUGAUGUUCUUUUCCAUCAAGAAAAGCUGGAGGAACAGUGAAGCGAUGGAGCGAGACAAUGGCUAUGCCAUCUUGGGCAUGCUCCUGAGGGCUAAACUCGGCUACGCCACCUUUGGGACUGAUAUUCCCGGAUGGAGGCUGCUGUUGGCCCCAGAAGAUAGGGACAAGCUGAGUUUCCAAUUACUUAGCUUGGUGCUGGAUUUCGUCGGCUACAAGCAUGCUUCGCCCGUGGAAUCCUUCAUCAUCAACCCACUUGCUUACCGCAUCCUGUUGAUCGACUUCGAUACCUGGCGAAAAUCGGCGCCUAUAACUCAGGAGCUGUACUAUAAGCAGUUUGUGACUUUUGCUGUUAACAGCAAGUUUCACGAGUUCAACAGUCGCCGACUACAGCGAAUGCGGAUUGUGAAGAGGAUGUUGGACGCUUUGAAGGCAGAGACAAUAUCAGAAAAUGUCAUGCCCCAUUUCCUGGACGCGUUCGAGAGUCUCAUCAAAUGCAACUUCAACGCUGAGGCUCAUCGUACUAUCGCUUUGUUUAUCACUUAUACCUUCCACUCCUCGGCAAAUUCACAGCCGCGAACACCCAGACCAAUGUCUGCGAUCACUCCGACUAAUGUCGGUGUCAAGAUCCUGGCUUUGUACACACGACUACUCUGCGACAAAGGGAACUACACGGACAUCCACAAAUUUGCCCGAACGGUAACAAACAAGUGGCUAUUGUACCUACUUGCCGAGGAGAAUCCCGAGGUUAUCGUGUAUGGAUGCAAAAUUAUCGCCAGAGUGCUCGUGUCACAUGGUUCUAGCUAUGCUUCCAAAUUUGCCAAGAAGACGGGCGGAUUCGCAAUCAUGUCACACCGUCUGAAGCAUUGGUGGGAUAUUCCAACUCUGUGGCCAAUGUGUCUCAGCAUACUCUUUGGAGUCGAUGUGGCCAGUAUCGACUUCGACCGGUGCUUCGACCUGCAGAACUUGAAUGAUCUGUUUGGCGACUGCCGAGUGAUAUACCCUGAUGUUUUACCGGUCAUCACAACAAUGCUCCAGCAUGGUCUGAGGGACAUCCUGAAAUACCAGGACGACCCAGAUUCACCAGUUGGUGUUGAGAGAGGGCAUUCCAGAAAUUUGAGCAGCUCUGAGCCUGCAUCAGCCAGGCCGCGAGCGAGGUCCAUGAACUUUGUCGAAGAACUUGGGGCCAGGCAUACCCGCGGUGUGGACAAAGAGCGGGUCACCAGCCAUGCUGUUGUUCUUCAAACUGUGGUUCGGUUCUUGUCGAAUCACCACAAGCGUUCAGCAGACUUCCGAGAUUUUGCCCUCUCCUCUGACUACGUGCGGCUACUUCUUUCCGCUCUGUAUCCGGUGCUCCUUAGCACUGACCCUGUGAGCCCGGAGACGGAGCUGAACUCAAGAGACUCCGCGCUCACUUUCGAGGGCGGCGAUGUCAUUAUUCGACCAUUGGCAGGCUCGUCAAGCCCGGCGCCGAUCGUGAGGGCGUCUGUGGUACCCUCAUCAGGGGAGUCAUCCAAUCAGUCCAGAGGCACUCAGCUCCGGCGCGCAUCCUCUUUCGUCCUCCUGACUUCGCAAGAAUCACCCCAAGCCGCAAAGAGCAGUGCUCGGUUGGCCCACGUCAUGUCUCCAAAGCUACAAGUCCAGUCACAGAAAGUCAGCAAUGUCGUACUAGAAGGCCUGCUGGAUCUCGUUCUUGACGUAUUCAUCGACCAGUUGCUUGCCCGCAAGGAAUUCCCAGGCUUCAGCUUGUUCCUGAAAAUACCCCCAGGAUUCCAGGAACAUCAGGCGUAUUUCGAAUCCUAUGUUUUGCGACAUGCGAUCUCGCGUUUGAGUGCAUUGAUACAAUCUGAUCAAACUAUACUGCAUCAUACCAAGGUCCUUCAGAACAUGUCCCGUUUUGCUACACACAUACUGGAUACAAUAUUCGAAGGAUGGUUCAUGAAUGGUGCCGAGCCUGUGACCGACUUCCUCGGAAGCAUUCUGGAAUACCUUGCACGACCGGAUAUAUCAUCUUUGAAGAAUGUCCGACUAUGCAGCCAGAGCGUAUCGAUUUUGAAAGGGUCUAUGAUUAAGCUUGUUCUGCUUCGUCUCUCUGACACCGAUGAUGCCCAAGUGUCAGAAGAAGACAAUCUGGCAGUUUUGUCUAACCUCUACUACUGGCAGAUUGUCUUGCUUGACUGUCUUUCGGCAAACGAUGAUUCCAUGAGUCUCAUCUGGUACCAGCUGUACGGCAAGCUAAUCGAUGCCCGCGAGCCGGUUCGUUUGGCCGCUGCUGGAAUCCUGCGCAUUAUGAUGGUCCAAAAGCCUGACGAGUGUGCGCGUGUCUUCCGGGAAAUUCCAAUGCAGCCGAACGAGUCCAAAUUGACCAGCGGGUUCACACGUCUUACCGAAGUUGAUGACGGAACGUUUGUCGACUGGGUCGACCAACACCGGCCUUCCCUCGACGCGCUGCUCCUGGGUGGCAUGUCAAAGACGUGGGAGGAAUACGUCGCCUCCGAGAAUCAGCGUACCUUGGAGACUGCUAGAUCGCGACUUUCGAAACGCAAAGAAAGGUUGAAGCUGUGGCGUGACGAGACACGGCAGAUUGAGAAUGUUCUGUUGCGUCACGAGAUGGCAAAUAGCGCUUGGAUGAAGAGCAUAUUCUGCACUGAGCACUCUAAGCAUCAGCGCCUCACUCAAGACCAACAAGACGACUUUACCUUCCUCAUCAGUUCCUUUGCCAAGAUGGACCGGGACCUGAAGCGUCCUGGAGGCGUCUUCGCGGAAACUGACCGCACAAUCAAGUGGAAGCUUGAUCGGACGGAGGGAAGGAACCGGAUGCGCCUACGUCUCCUGCCAGACAACUCAAAGGUAGGGGAAGAAUAUCAGUCUAAGCAAGCCAAGAAGAAACCUUCGGAGUCCAGACCUUCAGACCCCUUGCCUGCCGUUGCUGGUCUGAAGCUGGACACAAAAGUCGGCCUAGGGACUUCUGGUACGAACACGCCUCAGGUCAGUGCGAUCAAUGAGGUCGGUGAGAGUAUUGCCCUGACGGAGGAGCCGGCCGCGACUGAGCAGCAGCCAGAGCAAGGCGUGACACCAGAAGAGGAAUUCGAGCUCAUCGAGGACCUCAAUGAACCCGAAGGCGACGACUCUUUCGAAGACAAAAACAGAAAGGUCAUGCGGCGCCUCGAGCUCGGCGAUACUGUCCAAAACGUGUACAACAUCUCACGAAUCAUCGGUCUCGAAGCAUGCGAAGGCAUUCUCAUUAUCGGAAAAGAAGCACUCUACAUCAUGGACAACGUCUUCCGCAGCGCUGAUGGGGAAAUUAUCAAUGUCUGGCAAGCCCCACCGGACGAGCGUGACCCGUACUCUCAAAUUAUCACGGGCAGUAAGGCUGCUGAGAAGCCCAAAGCUCAAAGAGGAAGCGAACAGGAGUCCCGCAGCUGGAGAUGGCACGACGUGAUUAGUAUAUCCAAACGUCGCUUCUUGUUCAGGGAUGUUGCCAUCGAGAUUUUCUUCACAGACGGUCGGAGUUACUUGAUGACCGCAUUGAACCCGAGUAUCCGUGACGAGGUAUUCGCAAGAUUGUCCAACAAGACUCCGCACACAUCGGAUCCGAAAUCAUUGCCCAACCCGGAGGAUGCCUGGAGGCUGGAAGGCAUCAAGAUCUUCGAUGAGGCUCCUCAAUCCUUUGGCUCCAAGUUCGGCAGUAUCUUCAAUGCUUCACCAUGGACUCCCAUCAUGAGGAAGUGGCAGAAGGGAGAGAUAUCCAAUUUUCACUACCUGAUGCUCGUGAACACCAUGGCGGGGCGGACUUUCAAUGACCUGACGCAAUACCCAGUCUUCCCUUGGGUCCUCGCAGAUUACACCAGCGAGGACCUCGACCUCACCAACCCAGCCAGCUUCCGGGAUCUUUCGAAGCCAAUGGGCGCCCAGACCAUUGCUCGCCAGACCGAUUACAUGAUGAGGUACAGCAACUUGAUGGAGGUGGGCGAAAUCCCGUUCCAUUACGGGACACAUUACUCUUCCGCCAUGGCCGUGGCCUCGUACCUUAUCCGGCUGCCUCCAUUCGUUCAAUCGUACAUCCUGCUACAAGGCGGCACCUUUGACCAUCCCGACCGUCUAUUUUAUUCCAUCGAGGGUGCAUGGAAAUCAUCCUCUAGGGACAAUGGGACUGACGUUCGUGAACUCAUUCCUGAGUUUUUCUACCUGCCCGACUUCCUCACCAACACGAACGGCUACGACUUUGGUCACCGCCAAGGUAAUGCUGGGAAGGUUGAUCAUGUCAUUCUUCCCCCAUGGGCCAAAGGGGACCCCAAAAUAUUUAUCGCCAAGAAUCGAGAGGCUCUUGAGAGUCCUUACGUGACAGAAAACUUGAACCAUUGGAUCGAUUUGAUCUUUGGGUACAAGCAGAGAGGUGAGGCGGCCGUGGAAAAUCUCAACGUCUUCCACCAUCUCUCCUACCACGGUGCUAUCGAUUUGGACAGUUUGGUCGACAAGAAUGAAAGGGCCAUCACUACCAACAUCAUCCACAAUUUUGGACAAACGCCGCACCAGGUCUUCACCAAACCCCAUCCCGCCCGGGAAUACGCCCACGUGCAGACAAGAAGACUUGACACAGGUGUGCAGUCGCUAACGAGGGUCAACUACCCGCUUCUUGAGAGCCACGAACGGGUCGCCUCGCUCAUCUAUGCCCCAAAGCUUGAUCGACUGCUGUGUGCAUCGCCCUUCAGGCUCAACAUGCCUCCUCACUUUGACAAAUUCCUGGAGUGGGGAUUCGCGGAUAACAGCAUCCGGUUCUUCCUCAGCGACAACCGGAAACCGGUCGGCCUUCUUGAGAAUCUUCACCAGGGGCAGAUAUCUUGCGUGGCCUUUGCUGACUCCAAAACACUCAUAACUGCCGGAGAUGACAGCGUCGUAUCCGUCUUCGCCAUCAAGUCCUCGGCGGGUAAGAACGUCGAGCUUCUUCCCAGAAUGUCUCUGUUCGGCCACAAAACACCUGUCAAUGUGAUUGCUGUGUCCAAGUCAUUCAGCACAUUCCUCACGGUAUCUCAAGACGGAACAGCCUUCUUGUGGGACCUGAAUCGCCUAGACUUCAUCCGCAAGCUUCCGGUGUCGCGCCCGGUUGAAUGUGCCCGCAUCAACGACGUCACUGGGGACAUCAUGCUGUGCUGCGGGCCCAACGUGCUCCUCUUCACUCUCAACGGAGAGUUGAUCCUCGAGCAAAAUGUCUGCGGCAGCGCGGGCGAGGCUCAGGACGACUAUGUGUACUCGUGCGCGUUCUACGAGGGCAGCAGCAGCGAGUGGCUUGAGAAUUUCCUCGUCUUCACUGGCCACAGGAGAGGCAGAGUGAACGUCUGGAGGAAGACGGUGCGCAGGGGCGACGGCAAGUGGGUGCUAGAGCUGCUUAGGAGGCUGGAUCACAUCGACAACAAGAGCGAGGCGGCGGCGAACAUCGACGCGCCAAUCACAUGUAUCACACCGAUGCCACAGAUGGUGUACACGGGAGAUGACGAUGGGCGAGUGUAUGAGUGGAAUCUAGUCCAGCGAGAGCGUUAG